GAACCAUGUCACAGGGGAAAAAAAGGUCAUAUAAAGAAGCUUUUACAAUGGAGUUUUACUAAGUUUGUUGAUAAAAGUGUUGAGAAACCUCAAUGUGUUCUGUGCAACAAACUGCUCACAGCAGAAAGUAUGAAACCAAGCAAAUUAAAAGAACAUUUUGAGAGAAGUCAUUCUCAGUUUUUAGAUGAGUCAACUGACGUUGCAUCUUGUUCUCAGCUACUUGUCUAUAUUCGAUAUAUAUUCGGCGAUGACUUAAAAGAAGAAUAUUUAUUUUCAGAAUCACUGAGCACUACUACACGUGGAGAAGAUAUCUUUCGAAUAGUGAAAAAUUGUGUCGAUGAAAAGAGGCUGCAAUGGUCGAAGUUAAUAGGUGUCUGUACAGAUGGAGCACCAGCCAUGUUGGGGAUUCGUUCUGGUUUUCAAACAUUAAUGAAAGAAGUCGCUCCGUUUGAAUUAUUUAGCCACUGCAUUAUUCACCGUUAUGCUUUGGCAGGGAGAACUCUUCUACCUGAUUUAUUGGACACAUUUACUCAGAUAGUGAAAAUUGUAAACUACAUCCGAAACAGUGCGACAAAUACAAGAGUUUUUAAGGACUUGUGUAAUGAGCUGGGAGGAAAAUUCGACGUCUUGUUGUUGCACACAGAGGUGAGUUGGUUGUCACGAGGCAAGGUGUUGCACAGAGUACUUGAGCUUCGAACAGAAAUUGUCAUGUUUCUGGAAAAGAAAAAAUCAGGCAAGGUAAAGAAGAAUGAGUUUCACGCUAAAAUAACGGAUAAUGUAUUUAUUUUUAAACUAGCAUAUCUUGCGGAUUUCUUCGGAGAAAUAAAUACACUUAAUCUCAGUUUGCAAGGGAAUAUGACGAAUAUUUUAACCGCUCAAGAUAAGGUUGCUAGUUUUCUUCGUAAAUUGCAAUUUUACCAACGCAGAGCUGAAGUUGGGGACAUUUCAAUGUUUUCAGAACUAACAAUGGUGCUCGACGAAAAAAAUGAAAAAUGCUCAUUCGCAAAUCAAAUAACUCUCCACUUAUUAUCAGUAGUAGAUUCAAUCGAUAAAUAUUUUCCAGAUUUGGAAAAUCGUCAAGUAAAUACUUGGGUGCUAAGACCCUUUUCAGUGGAUGAAAGUGUAUUUUCAGAUAUUGAAAUUGAAGCCAAAGCACAAUUUUUAGAACUUCGUGAAGACAACACGCAGAAAAUAGAUUUUAAAAACACACAACUAGCAACAUUUUGGCGAAAAAUUGGUGAGUAUCCAUUAUUAUCGGAUAAAGUUUUGAAAAUACUUAUCCCUUUUUCCACAACGUACAGAUGUGAAAGUGGAUUCUCAACAAUGGUAACAAUGAAAACAAAAUCAAGAAACCGAUUGAACUUGGAACACGACAUAAGAUGUGCAUUAGCUGAAACUGAACCGAAUAUCAAACAAAUUGUUAGAAAUAAGCAAUACUAA